CCACCAUUUUUUCCCCUUAUUUUUAGACUCAAGACAACAAAAUCUACCGCCAUUGCAAUAUUGCAUGCACUUGCCUUCCAUUUUUAUCAACUUUCUACCUAUUUAAGCCAUUUUUCAUUCAAGUUCCCUCCAUAGUCAACCAUCUCUCUUUUUGCACUUUUCAUAGCCCAUUUAAUCAUUCUACAUGUGUGGGCUACAUGUUUAAUUAUCCUAUUAUUGCUUACUUUACAAACUUUGAAAAAUUCAUCUUAAUCAUUCACUAGAAUUUCAGGCUUAUUAUACAGUAUACUAUUAUAAAAAUUCCAAACCAAUCCCACUUGUCAAACACUAAUAAAUUAACCUCAUGAGAUCUGCACUUCUUAUCAUUUAGCCCAUAUAAAAUGUGCCAAAAAUAAUAUUAUAUGCUUAUCAUAUCACACCUUCAGAUCCCAAAAUCAGAACAAUAAAUGUAAUAAAAAAGAUAAAAUAAUUAGUCAAACAGUUUCUCUCUCACUACUCACACCAACGCACCCUUCUCGAGAAAAUGAUGCAAUCUCUCUCCUCUCCUCACUGUAUUAGUCGUACUUUAUUAUAUAGCAGUAAUACUAGUAUUAGUACCCAACAACCCAGACACAAAAUCACAAAGAAUCAUCACUUUCGCGAUCUGGGUACUAUUUAUUGCCGAUUCUUCGAAAAGGGUCGCCGGAAAAUGGGGAAUUUAACGACGGAAAAUCAUCUCCGACAUAUUCAAUCUUUGCCAACUUUGAAUUCUGGCGCCGGAAAAAUUCCUCGUUUGAAUGCUGUUAUUCUUGGGGAAACUCUUGCUUCUGAAGAAAACGACUUAGUUUUUCCCAGUGAUGAUUUCUCCAGCAAUGCCCAUGUUUCAUCCCCUGCUGAGUAUUUGGAGAUGUAUAAGAGGUCAGUAGAGGAUCCAGCAGGGUUUUGGGGAGAUAUUGCUUCAGAAUUUUACUGGAAACAAAAAUGGGGAGAUAAAGUUUGCUCAGAGAAUCUGGAUGUGAGAAAGGGAACUGUUAAUAUUGAGUGGUUCAAAGGUGGGAUCACAAACAUUUGCUACAAUUGCUUGGACAGAAAUGUUGAGAUCGGUAAUGGUGAUAAAGUUGCAUUAUAUUGGGAAGGGAAUGAUCUUGGCUGUGAUGAUAGUUUGACUUACAGUCAGCUCCUGGAGAAAGUUUGCCAGCUUGCAAAUUACUUGAAAGAUGUUGGUGUUAAGAAGGGUGAUGCCGUUAUUAUCUAUCUACCUAUGCUUAUGGAACUGCCGAUUGCAAUGCUUGCGUGUGCUCGAAUUGGUGCUGUUCACUCGGUUGUCUUUGCUGGUUUCUCCGCUGAAUCACUUGCCCAAAGGAUUGUAGAUUGCAAGCCAAAGAUUGUCCUUACUUGCAAUGCUGUCAAAAGAGGAGCAAAGGUUAUUGGACUUAAAGACAUAGUGGAUGCUGCUCUUGUUGAAUCAACAAACAAUGGCGUCUCUGUAGAUGUAUGCCUGACAUACGCAAACCAGACAGCAUUGAAGAGAGAAAACACCAAGUGGACGGAAGGAAGAGAUAUUUGGUGGCAGGAUGUUGUCCCAAAGUAUCCAAGUACUUGUGAUGCUGUGUGGGUUGAUGCAGAGGAUCCUCUAUUCCUGCUUUAUACAAGUGGAAGCACAGGAAAACCCAAGGGUGUCAUGCAUACAACCGGAGGAUACAUGGUAUACACUGCAACAACAUUUAAGUAUGCAUUUGACUAUAAGCCCUCAGAUAUAUACUGGUGCACAGCUGAUUGUGGUUGGAUUACUGGACACAGUUAUGUCACAUAUGGUCCUUUACUCAAUGGAGCUUCUUGUCUUGUUUUUGAAGGGGCUCCAACUUACCCUGAUGCUGGACGCUGUUGGGACAUUGUUGACAAGUACAAAGUGUCAAUAUUCUACACUGCCCCUACACUGGUCAGAUCUCUCAUGCGCGAGGGCUCUGAGCAUGUUACUCGGUACUCACGCAAAUCCUUGAGGGUUCUAGGAAGUGUGGGUGAACCAAUUAAUCCUAGCGCAUGGAGGUGGUUCUUCAAUGUGGUUGGAGAAUCAAGGUGCCCUAUAUCUGACACUUGGUGGCAGACUGAAACUGGUGGCUUCAUGAUAACUCCUUUGCCUGGUGCAUGGGGCCAGAAGCCAGGUUCUGCUACUUUUCCUUUCUUCGGAGUUCAGCCUGUCAUUGUAGAUGAGAAGGGCAAUGAGAUAGAGGGUGAGUGUAGCGGAUACUUGUGUAUAAAGCAAUCAUGGCCUUCAGCUUUCCGUACUUUAUUCGGUGAUCACGAAAGAUAUGAGACCACAUAUUUCAAGCCCUUCCCCGGUUAUUAUUUUACCGGUGAUGGAUGUAGCAGGGAUAAAGAUGGUUAUUAUUGGCUCACUGGAAGAGUAGAUGAUGUCAUCAAUGUCAGUGGCCACCGUAUUGGCACAGCUGAAGUUGAAUCUGCCCUAGUUUCUCAUCCACAAUGUGCUGAGGCUGCUGUUGUUGGUGUUGAGCAUGAGGUCAAAGGGCAGGGCAUUUAUGCAUUUGUUACCUUGGUUGAGGGUGUUCCUUAUAGUGAAGAACUUCGUAAAAGUCUUGUCGUGACUGUCCGCACUCAGAUUGGAGCGUUUGCAGCUCCUGACAAAAUUCACUGGGCACCUGGGCUCCCUAAAACAAGGAGCGGAAAGAUAAUGAGGAGGAUUUUGAGAAAAAUUGCUUCAAGGCAACUAGAUGAGCUCGGAGACAUUAGCACUCUAGCAGAACCAGCUGUUGUAGAUCAGCUUAUCUCCCUUGCCGAUAAAUAGAACUCACAAAUUUAGAGUCUUUUUGGUGAAACUUGUUCUUUCAUCCUGGCUGCUUUGUCGCGUUUCCCCAAAGUUGAAUUUUUCGGGUUUCCUUGAAGGGAACAUCUGCCACGGGUUGGUUCAUGAGCUGUUUGUUGUUGUGAAAGUCGUCGUCCUUGUUAAUUUUGUACCAUAGUUGUAGUUUUAUUAUGGUUUGAGAAGGGAGUGAUCCAAUUUUUCCGGUAUGCAUGUUAUUCACCAUUUUUUUCCUCAUUAUACUACUACUAGUUUAGUAAUAAGAGCUUGUCUUGUAAGGCUUGCAUUCUUUUGCAAUCAUUGGAGAACGGUUGGGAUUGACGUUUUGUUAUUAAUUCUGUUUCUUAGCAUAAUAAUUUAGAAUCGUGUCUGUUCCAAA